GCGGCUGGAGGAGCGAGGAGCCAUGCAGCGCUGUACGCCGGGGCCCCGGCCGCAGAGCAGGCGGAGCGGGGGUGCCCUCACCACCCUCCUGCUGACAGAACUACCAUAGAUGUCCGUGGGAGUCUUGCAUGCAGAACAGUGGAAGAAUAUUACCCUAUGUUCUGAGGCUAUUGAUAGUGUACAAAUACAGAAUAACAAAGAACAAGGAAAAAUUACAAUAAGUGUACACGAUUCUCUCUAAGGUGCACUCUGAUCGGAAUGUCUAUCCUUCUGCUGGAGUUCUUUUUGUUCAUGUUUUGGAGAGAGAAUACUUUAAGGGGGAGUUUCCUCCUUAUCCAAAGCCUGGUGAGAUAAGUAAUGAUCCUAUAACAUUUAACACCAACUUAAUGGGUUACCCUGACAGACCUGGAUGGCUACGCUAUAUUCAGAGGACACCAUACAGUGAUGGAGUGCUGUAUGGAUCACCAACUAUAGAAAAUGUGGGCAAACCAACCAUCAUUGAGAUUACUGCUUAUAACAGGCGCACCUUUGAGACUGCAAGACAUAACUUGAUUAUUAAUAUAAUGUCAGCAGAAGAUUUUCCUUUACCAUAUCAAGCGGAGUUCUUCAUAAAGAACAUGAAUGUAGAAGAAAUGUUAGCAAGUGAGGUUCUCGGAGAUUUUCUUGGAGCAGUGAAAAAUGUGUGGCAACCAGAGCGUUUGAAUGCUAUAAACAUCACCUCAGCUCUAGACAGGGGAGGCAGAGUUCCACUUCCUAUUAAUGAUAUGAAAGAGGGUGUCUAUGUUAUGGUUGGUGCAGAUGUUCCAUUCUCCUCAUGCUUACGAGAAGUGGAAAAUCCACAAAAUCAGCUGAGAUGCAGCCAAGAAAUGGAACCUGUAAUAACUUGUGAUAAAAAAUUUCGUACUCAGUUCAGUAUUGACUGGUGUAAAAUCUCUUUGGUUGAUAAAACAAAACAAGUUUCCACCUAUCAGGAUGUGAUCCGAGGAGAGGGAAUAUUACCUGAUGGUGGAGAAUAUAAACCACCGCCUGAUACACUGAAAAGCAGAGACUAUUACUCGGAUUUUCUAAUUACACUGGCAGUGCCCUCAGCAGUAGCACUGGUGCUUUUUCUAAUACUUGCUUAUAUCAUGUGCUGCCGACGGGAAGGAGUGGAAAAGAGAAACAUGCAAACACCAGACAUCCAGUUGGUCCACCACAGUGCUAUACAGAAAUCCACCAAAGAGCUUCGUGAGAUGUCCAAAAAUAGAGAGAUAGCAUGGCCUCUUUCAACACUUCCUGUGUUUCACCCAGUUACUGGUGAGAUUGUACCACCUCUUCACACAGACAGCUAUGAUAAUACUAGCAUGCCACUAAUGCAAACACAGCAGAACCUGCCACAUCAGACUCAGAUUCCACAGCAGCAAACUGCAGGAGAAUUUCGUAUGACAACAUUUCAAAGAUUUGAGGUAAAUGGUAUCCCUGAAGAAAGGAAAUUGACAGAAGCAAUGAAUUUGUAAUCAGAUAACGCAGUAAUCAUGUCUUAUUUCCUUAUUUGUGCAAAUAAUGCAUGCGCUUUUCUGGUGUACAGUGUGCAUGCCCACAAUAUUAAGUACUUCAGUGCCAGAUUGUACAAUCAUUUCCAUUUAACUAGUGUAUUGUAUCUUUUUUGUACUUUGGACAUUUUUGACAAUUUGUAAAACACUGAUAACUUUUUAUAUUUGUUACAUUAAGAAAACUAUCUUUAAAAUAAACAUAAUAAAU